AUGGGCUCCCGGCUUCAAGCCAACUCUGAUAUAGUGCGCAAAAGGAUCCAAAGUCAUGCUUUCGAUGACGAAAAUGGAGAGGAAUACGAGGCCUCCGCGUUUGGAGGCUUCGGGGAUUAUUUUCGACGGAAAAAGCUGAAACUUCAGAACCGCGAUGCCGAUAUUCGUGCUAAGUCCGAAAAUAAUCCCCCGAUCUUUCGGGGUGUCACAGCCCAUGUGAAUGGAUACACACAGCCUUCGCUGAACGACUUACAUCGCCUCAUCGUUAGCCAUGGUGGAGGAUUCCUACAAUAUCUCGAUGGGAAGACUAGCGCUACUCACAUUAUCGCAAGUGCCCUAACGCCAAAGAAGCGCGACGAGUUUCGCAAGUAUCGCAUUGUUAAACCAGCUUGGGUCGUGGAUAGUGUUAAUGCUGGCCGAUUACUUCCAUGGGAUAACUACCGUGUCGUCGAUGAAGGCGUAUCACAGAAGGUACUAAGAUUUGAAAAUGGUGCCUUGCAGUCUCAAACCAAUGAGCUCGAAUACAGUUACAAAGAUCAAACAGAGAAAAGUUGGUAUACUUCACAACUAAAGAAAAGUGAAAACGGUGCCGCUGCGACUUCGCCAGCAACAAAGAAGGUUGACGUUGUAUCGAGUCAUCUUAACUCAAAUGCAGACUCUGACUAUGAUGAUUUUCCAAGCUUGGCUUCGCCGCCGGAAACUAUAUACAAGUCAACUCUUCCCAAAACGCAUGGGGAGCCCGUAUUAAGUGAUCUGCACCGUGCUCCUGAUUACCAGGCUGGUAGAAUUGGUCAAUUCGAAAUCGAAACUAUCCCAGAUGACCUGAGUAUUCCAACCGAAGAUCAGCUUAUGCGAGAGGCUAUCCCAGUGAAACCAGACAUGAGCCCAGAGGAGUAUAAUGCGAUACUUCUCUCCAAUCCCCGUAUGAGACAGUCAAGCGUUGUUAAUCCGGACUUUCUAAACCAAUAUUACCGAGAAUCUCGGCUUCAUCACCUGUCAACUUGGAAAGCGGAACUCAAAGCCAAGUUGCAAGCAGCUACCCAGGAGAAAGCGAAAACAGCCAAAAAAGUUAAACCACGUGUGCCUGGUUCACGCAGAUACGUUUUGCAUGUUGACUUUGACAGUUUCUUCGCCGCGGUAUCAAUACAAAAGCAUCACCCAGAAUUAAUUGACAAGCCGGUUGCUAUCGCUCACGGUACUGGCAGUGGCUCGGAAAUUGCCAGUUGUAAUUAUCCAGCGCGUGCCUUUGGAAUCAAAAACGGGAUGUGGAUGAAAGGAGCUCUACAACAAUGUCCUGAACUACAAGUCUUAUCCUAUGAUUUUCCUGCCUAUGAAGAUGCUAGUCGUCAAUUUUACAAUUGCAUCCUUGCUGUUGAUGGGAUUGUGCAGAGCGUUAGUAUUGACGAAGCGCUUAUUGAUGUCACUACUCAGUGCCUGCAGGCUGGUGGUUCUAAUGGACGAGGUAUCUCUGAAGGCUCAAUAUAUCGAGAGCAAGCUAAAGCCGAUGAAAUUGCUAAAUCACUUAGGGACAAGAUAAAAGCCACGACUGGAUGCGCUGUAUCUGUGGGUAUCGGAGGCAACAUUUUGCAGGCAAAAGUGGCACUACGUAAAGCGAAGCCUGCAGGACAGUUUCAGCUGAAACCUGAUGAAGUCUUGGAUUUCAUGGGAAACUUGAAAGUUCAAGAUCUCCCUGGUGUUGCCUACAGCCUAGGAGGUAAACUCGAAGAGAUAGGGGUCAAGCUCGUCAAGGACUUACGUGAUGUAUCACGCGAAAGACUUGCUUCUCAUCUUGGUCCCAAAACUGGCGCUAAGCUCUGGGACUAUUCUAGAGGCAUUGACAAGACAGAAGUAGGAACGCAGACGAUGCGAAAGUCGGUGUCUGCUGAAAUUAACUGGGGCAUACGUUUCGUUAAUCAGACUCAGGCUGAAGAUUUUGUGCAAAAUCUUUCAGAUGAACUACAUCGCCGCUUGGUUGAGAAUUUGGUGAAAGGAAAACAGCUCACUUUUCGCGUCAUGAGACGUUCUGCAGAUGCACCAUUGGAACCAGUCAAGCAUUUGGGCCAUGGGAAAUGUGACGUGUUUAAUAAGAGUGUAUUGCUUGGUGUUGCGACUAAUGCAAGCGACAUCAUUGGCAAAGAGGCUAUUUCUAUGCUGCGAAGCUUUGGCUUCACACCUGGCGAUCUACGUGGGCUGGGUGUUCAGAUGACUAAAUUGGAACCAGUGAAACCAGCAAGCGGCGGUGGCCUGGAGGGCAGUCAACAACGAUUGAAAUUUAAAACAUCACCGGCCGCUAAGAAACCGAUUCGAUCUACUGAUCCGGAUCUAAUUGAAAGCCCUCACAAAGGAGAUCGAGCUAGCAUCGAUGCUGUUGAAUCGCUUGAUAAUCGGCCUGCAUUUGAUAGCUCACUGAAACCUUUAAACAUUUCGGGGACGCAAUUCAUUAUGCCGACCCAACCGGAUCCGAAAGUAGUCGAAGAGCUACCCGUUGACAUUCGAUCUAUGUUGGUGCGCAAGUCUCCUACGCAUCACCGAGAUACCUCACCAUCUCCGGCACCAAGGCAGCCACCGGAACAGCUUCCCUCACAGUCACAAAUAGAUCCUGAUAUUCUGAAGGCUCUACCGGAGGACAUUCAAACGGAGAUUCUAGGAUACUACGCCCAAUCUCCAGACGAACGAAGGCCGGAGCAAUCUGGAGGCCUCCAACCCCAACUCCAACCCCAAUCUCCACGUCCAUCACAACCUGUCCGUGCAGCACCUGUUUUUAAACGGCCCACGACACCAGUUAAGAAACGGCGUGGCCGACCACCUAAGUCAUCUGUCAAUCCUGUCAAGCCGACUCGUUCGGGUUUGACGCAAUCGAGCUUCAAUUUCACCAGAACAGGUGCAGCUGGAAUUGCGGUUAAUGAUAUCCGUGCCUCGGACACAGCAAAGACAUCUGAAAUAUCGGAAGACUUUUUGGCAGCUCUCCCUGAUGAUAUACGAGCCGAAGUCCUGGAAGAGGAACGACAAAAACGUCUACGCCAGCGAUCGAAGCUUGUUGCACCGCCUUCUCGCAAGCCAGUAGCAGCUGCUAGACCCAGUACACCUGCUGACUCUAGUUCUGAGGUCUCUGAGAAGCGACUUCAAUUGUCACCUCGUCCAGACCGACCAACUUUUACUACCCAAAAGUUGACAGCGCUCCCUGAUCUACGAGAAGCAAUCACUGCUUGGUUCUCCGCUUUUGCAAAGGAUGCUCCUUUUGCCGAGGAUGUAGAGGCACUGGCACUUUACCUCAAGCGUGUCAUCCUUGAGGAACGGGAUUUGGAAAAGGCCAUUUCUGUUGCAGAAUGGCUGGGAUGGUUGGUUACAAAUGAGGGAGCAGGUGGAGUGAACAGUACAGCAGAGCAAAGCCAGGGGUCACCAUCUGAUAUGACAUGGCCUAAGGCUCUCAGAGCUGUUCAGUGCAGCGUUACUGCAGCGUUUGAAGAGAGAGGGCUGUCUCCGCCUGAAUUUUCAGCAUAG